AUGACAAAGAUCCUUGGGUUGGACGUAUAUGUCCAAACAGCUGACGAAGAAGCAACCUACGCCCAACAUUUUGCCCCAAAUCAAUGGUGGAGAGUAGAUCUUGAGGCUAUCUACUGCUUGACGAAAAUUACAGUAAUCAACCGAAAAAUUACUGCAGGGCACAGAUUGGAAGGUGCUGUAGUGCGUGCUGGUUUGGAUCCAGCAGAUUUCUCGCAGAAUACACAGAUAGGAGACGAAGUCACAGUUUCUCAGGCAACUAACGGAGCAGUGAUUGAUUUCAUCGCGGAUCCCAUCGUCUCCGCUCGAUACGUCAGUGUGGAACUAACUACAAAUACUGCUCUGAGUCUGGCCGAAGUCAUGGUGGAGGAAAUCCAAGACACUGAGGAGACUUCCACCGUUGCAGGCGGUGUAGAUUUUACUCUGGUUGCCAAUCCUGCUUGGCUUGGAUCCACAGGUGACAACGAUGCAACUUUAGCAGCCUACAAAAGUCCGACAGACAUCGCCGCUGCUGUCUCAUUCGGUCGCCAAUUGACGACAGGAGGGAGCAAUGACAACCUUCCUGCAGGAUCGUCUGGGUUUUAUGAUGCCAACUUGGGAUGUACAGCCAGGUUGCUUAGCUUACCACAAGAUGGUGGGAUUGGCAGAACAGGUGUCUUCUACGGCACUGCAGCUCUAAACGGCAUGGCUACCACGAUACGCACAGUGAUCUUACGCAAAGAUGGCACCAUUCACACACGUCCUCUCCUGCGAACACAGACAGCAAGUGUUGGAGAGUCUGUUACUCUGCGGAUGGAGAGUGUGAAUUCACCGAACACCAACUACAGAUGGAAGCACAAUGCAGACAGCGUGCAGGAAUGGGAUGGCAUGCUGAGCGUGGCUAUCGGGAAUGUCAGCAAGACCAAUGAGGGAAUAUACAGCUGCUUCAUAGAUGGUGAAGAAGAUCAGCAACUCCAUGGCUUUAUCAGACUCAUCGUAAGAGAAUGCGCAGCUGGUAUGUGGGGCCCACCUUCAUGUCAGAACACCUGUCGUCGAUGCUACAAUGGAGGUAUCUGUGAUGCCAAGACGGGAACAUGUAUCUGCCCUCCAGGAUUCAGUGGAGAAAAUUGUCAACAAGUUCACGGGCGUCACGUCUUUGGCCAGAAUGCUAGUCAUACCUGUUCUGAUAGCGCUGAUCCACACAACGACGCUUGCCGGGGUCGUUUGUUCUGUUCUCCUGAUCCUUACGGAUGUUCCUGUGCUGCUGGGUAUAUGGGACCAGACUGCAUGCAAGAAUGUAGUGAAGGGAAGUAUGGAGCCGACUGUAAGCAGACAUGUCACUGUCCAUCUGACGACUCCUGCGAGAAGGAUACAGGAGAAUGUACUGGAAAUUGCAUACCACCAUACUUUGGAAGUAACUGCCAGUGCUCUCCUAACAAUGGCGUUCUGGGGCUAAAGGUGUUUUCCGACGUUCCAUAUCAACUACAAGUUUCCUGGCAACCAGAUCCAUGUGUCUCUGGCCACAUACUGGAGUAUGCCUUGACAAACAGGGGCCAAUGCGAAGAGAUUGAAUCUCCACAGCGGGUAUCACUUCCAGGUCCACUCGAUGGUCAAACUACCAGUCAUGUCAUCACUGGUUUGAUAUCUCGUUCAACUUAUAUGGUUUACAUUCGCCCACAGUACAGUGGUACGCAGGGACCCGAAUCGUCGACAUCUGGUACCACAUUGAUAAGAAACGAUCCUACAUCAGUUCAUCCGCUGAAGAUUACGUCCGUAGAUUCGGACAGCGUUACAUUGAGCUGGCGUGAGGUACUCUGUUCCGACAACUACAUGGUUCACUAUGCACUCCUUGACAGAGAUGGUUGUCAGCCUAUCACUCCGGUCACAUACAUCCAGCAUUGCAUGUGUUCGGGAACUACUUCUACAAUAAUACCUGGUCUGGUCGCUUACUCGACGUAUAUCAUACAAGUCCAAGCUUAUGUAGAUGGAAACAACGGACCAACGUCGCAAAUUAGUGUUACAACUGGCACGAAAGGACCGUCUGCUCCACCACAGCAAGUUGUCGUCACUUCACAGAAACGCAGCCUGACUUUCUCCUGGAGUCAGCCAGCGUGUGGAAGUCGAGGAGGCAUCAUCACAGGCUACACGUACAAACUGAGUGGACCAGGAUCACAACUCAUCUUAAAUGUAUCGACAGCCGAACAAGUUGAGAUAGAUGGCUUGAUCCCCUUCACUAACUACAGUUUUCAAGUUGCCGCAAACACCAGUACUGGGGCAGGGCCCUACAGUGACGUUAAGGUUCAGAGAACUGAUGAAGCAAAGCCCACAGUACCCUUGAAUGUCGUCAUUCAGAACGUUGAUGACGUAUCCAUCACUCUCCAAUGGUCAGAGCCCGUCCCUCUACAAGGAAUCAUCACCAAUUACAACGUUAGGUACUGGAGGAGUGGACAGUCAGGAUCCCCAACACCUAUCAACGACGUGGUGCAAUUGAUGCAUAAGAUAACUGGCCUUGCCCUUCCUGCAGGGAAACAUUACAUGUGUUUGUACCAGGUGCAAGCCGAGACGUCAGUUGGUGCAGGGCCUUGGACUACUGAAAUCACUGCAGUGACCAGAAUACGAGAACCUGGACCAAUCCGGAAUCUUCAUUGGACAGACAGAACUGAUUCAACAAUCACCUUGGACUGGGAGCCGCCGCUCAAUCCGAAUGGGCAAAUACAAAGAUACAUAGUUGCGUACCGAGCGACAGACAAACCUCAUCAACCUGGUUUCACUGCACCUGACGAAUACGAAAGGAAUGAAGUGGAGAGUCCGCCAUUUGUGAAAGACCAUCUGGAGCCUGGUACAAAGUAUGAGUUCAGAGUGGCAGCGGAGAAUCAGUUGUUCAUAGGACGUGAUACAGUCUUGGAAGUUUUCACCAAACCACAAUCAGAUCUUCCUGCACCGCCUCAACCGAUUUCAUACCAAGGAGACGCCACAGAUACUACCGUCACUAUUGGCAUAACUACCACAGUAUCUGGUGAUGACUUCAUUGAAUCGUACGUUGUUCAUGUCAAGAAGACCAGGUCUUCAUCUGUGACCAGGAGAGAUGUUCUUAUUCCAAGUCAUUUCGAAGAUUCCCCCAAUGACUACAUAGCAGCGGAACUCCCCAAAGGGGGCGUGCCUGACAAAUUUGUAGUGGGGGACACCAAAAUGUACGGUGGAUACUUUAACGCUCCGCUGCAGACGAGUGCUGUGUACAACAUUCGUGUUGGGUCUGUCAGUAAGGGCAACGAAUCGGUGGCCAAUGUUGAAUUUUCAGAGCCGCUGACUAUCAAAGUUGAGCAAGCGAGUUCCAAUUCAGGGCCUAUUAUCGCUGCUGUUGUACUUGGGAUUGUCGUGUUCAUCUUGGUUGUGAUUGGCGUCGUCGCAUUCAUCCUGUGGAAAAAACGUAGCACGGGUCGUUCACAAACUGCGACUGACGAACUGGUUCUCUCUGAAAACCCAAGAUCUAAAAACAAGAAAAUGGAGUCACUUAAUGAGGACAACACCGACCCCGUUCCAUACGAGAGUAUUGGGUUCCUUCCAAACUGGGAGUCUAAACUGGAAAUCAAACGCGGCAAUUUGAUAAUCACAGAUGAGAUUCUUGGUAAGGGUAACUUUGGUGAGGUACGCGCAGGAGGCGUGAAGAUUAAAGGGAAAGUCACCAAAGCAGCCAUCAAAACAAUGAAAGGGAGUUUUUCAGAUUCUACUUGGGAUGAUUUUCGAAAGGAAAUACAGACAAUGGCAGGCAUUGAGCCCCAUCCCAAUAUCGUUGGUCUACUGGGUGCAUGCAUGCACGAAGCAAUUCUGUACGUGGCGCUUGAGUUUCUACCUAAUGGCAACCUCCGGGACUAUCUGAGGAGUACUCGCCCUAAGCAGCAAGGGGCAGCUGGCUCUCAAGAUGAUGUGUCGCCGCUGACUUCUUCCAACCUGCUCAAGUUUGGUCUGGAUGUGGCCAAAGGAAUGGAACAUCUGUCCAACACGGGGAUAAUCCACCGCGACUUGGCUGCAAGGAACAUCCUUCUCUCUGAAGAUCUGACCGCCAAAGUGUCUGACUUUGGCCUUUCCAGAGUAGAAGACAUCUAUGUCCAGAAAUCCUCGACCAGGAUUCCUGUUCGUUGGUUGGCCAUCGAAUCUUUGACGCGUCGUGUCUACAAGUCCAAGAGCGAUGUGUGGUCCUUUGGCAUCUUGCUCUGGGAGAUUGUGACGUACGGAUCCACCCCAUACCCUGGUAUUGAGAGCAAGUCACUGGCCCAAAGACUGCUGGAUGGAUAUCGCAUGCCCAAGCCGGAAAACUGCGCUGGUGAAAUUUACAAUGUGAUGUUGAAGUGCUGGCAGCAGCAACCUAGCGACCGACCCAGUUUCAGAAAACUAGUCGAAAUUCUGGAGGAAAUGAACUGCAACCCGGAUGCAAAUGAUUACUUGUCAUCGACUGUCUACUAUAGUUUCACCAUCAAGCCUGAGUUUGACGAUAACUAGAUGAAUGUGAUGAUCGUUCCCAUGCCAGCUCAGCCAAUCAUCGCCCAGUGCUGGCGUGAUAUUAAGCAAAUCUAAUCAAUUGUAUGAAACAAAUUCUAGAAUUAUGGAAACAUUGUUCUGUAAUUUUAAAUUUCGCUGCAAAUCAUGGACGAUGUGCUCAUACCAAUGAUUUUACGCGAUACUAAUACUUCACUGUGUUACAUAAUGUCCCACUUUGAUGUUUGGGUUUUUAACUUCAAAUCGAAAGAAAACUCAACAGGGGUACACACAGAUUAUAUACUGUGUUAUAAAU